AUGGCCAGCUCAGGAAAUUCAGCAGACUCGCUUUUGACAAAACUCGGCCUCCAACCAGUAACACGAUGCUCGAUGGCUAAAUUAUACGUUCCCGCAUUAGGAGUUGCUGGUUACUCAGGACUUGGAUACAGUGUAUUGAACCCUGAUUUGGUGCUAAGAUUUUCUCAAAAUGUCGACAUUACCAACAUGUUCCUGGGGACUUCCCUCGUCGGCAUGGGAUCAUACAUUUACACUAGAGAACACAUGAAACCGGCUCGUCCGGUUGUUCGAGUUAUGUACAGUGUCACUGGAGCUCUGUUGCUCAACUUUGGAUCCGUUUUGAUCUGGGCAGUCGUGAAAUCAGUUUUUGGGAUGAAUAAAGUGACGCAGUGCACAUUAGCAGGAACUGCUACAGGAGCCGCGCUUAUCAUAGGUGGUCACAGUUACCUCAAUUUCGUCGACAGCCAAGUCGCCAAGAAGUAG